AUGAAACCCACAUUACAUCUGAAUUCAUUACCUCCUUCGACACAACCCAACGAUGAGUCACACAACGCCCAAUCUCAACCUAUCACUGUUGCAAGCGAUUCAACAACAUAUGGGGUACUGAAUCAACUUCCGUCAGGAAAUAUGCCUUAUCGGAUUGGUAUCCACGCCGCCCAAGGAAUAAGAUCCACAAUGGAAGACACUCACGCAUUCGCCUUCGAUUUUGAUUCCGUUCGUGGGCAAGGAUACUUUGCGGUGUUCGAUGGUCAUGGGAAUAAAAAUGUCUCAGAAUGGUGUGGUGCAAAUUUCCACAAGGUUCUACUUGAGACCAUACAUGACAGUGCAAAUUCAUCCCCAAACGACAUCAUGAAGGACGCCUUUCGCAGGGCCGAUGAGAAGCUGGAGAAGGUGUCUGAGGACCACGUGGAGUGGUGUGAUUCAGGUUCAACAGCUGUCGUAGCUUUUCUGCGUUACGAGAAUGAGCAGGGUUCGCAGAACGCAUUCGAAACGUCCUCUAUCAAGCGAAUACCAGAAUCUCUUGGAAGCUCGAUUUCAAUACCAGGAGCGGGUCUUCUCAAAGAACCCUCUCCUGGUGCUCGUCGCGUACUAUACUGCGCGAAUGCUGGAGAUGCACGGGCUGUCAUGUGCCGCAAUGGGGUUGCGACGAGGUUAACACAAGAUCAUAAGGCCAGCGAUGAGAAUGAAAAGGCACGGAUACGACAAGCUGGUGGAAUUGUCCUACGAGGUCGAGUAUUGGGAGCGUUGGCAGUUUCACGAAGUCUCGGUGACCAUGUACGCUAUGAGGGGCUUCGCUUGAAGGACUAUGUUAUAGGCACACCAUACACCUCGAGAACGGAGUUGAAAGAGGACGACGAAUUCUGUAUAAUUGCUUGCGAUGGUCUCUGGGACGUCAUUACCGACCAACAGGCCGUCGAUAUGAUCCGUCGCCAAGACGACGUUCAGAAGGCCAGCGAGACCCUGGUGAAUUUCGCUCUUCAGAACGAAUAUCUCCUCAGCCGGGACAAUGUUACUGUUAUGGUGGUACGGUUUGCGCCUGCCCCUUGA